AUGGCUUCUGAAAUACUGCAACCCUUCUUGGGGGCAUUGCAGGCCUCUCUGACGGUUCUUCUGGACAUUUUCUACGGCGUGCUUGCUGCUCAAUUCGGGCUUCUGGACGACGAUUCCGCCAACGCCAUCUCCCGCGCCGCCAUCAAAAUGUUCCUACCUGCCUUGAUGUUCACGCGAAUCGGCUCGGAAGUCCACCUCGAGUCUGCCACCAGGUAUCUCCCUAUUAUCGUUUGGGCGAUUGUGUAUCAUGUAGCUGCCAUCGCCGGAACUCUCGCAAUCUCACGCAUGUUCAAGCUGCCCGCGUGGACGACCCCGGCAAUCUCCUUCAACAAUGCCAUCUCCAUGCCCUUGCUGUUGGUGCGCUCCCUCGAGGUCACCGGUGUGCUUGAGCCGCUGACGGCGAAGAGCGAAAGUCCAUCCGCUGCAGUUGACCGAGCAGAGUCGUACUUUUUGGUUUUUGCCAUGGUGGCCAAUGGAAUCGUCUUCGCAGUGGGCGGAAAUCUUUUGGGCAAGAAUGAGAAAGACCAAGAUGAUGGGGAGAAUGGGCCGGGCGACAGACAUGAAGAUGGUGAAGAACCAACCGAGCAUACAUCGCUGCUUCCAAACUCUGCAGUCCGAGCCGAAGAGAGGAUAGGUGCAAAGGCACACAAUAAGGUCAACGAAUACAACGACAAGCUUCCGCCUUGGGCGCAGAAGACGCUCCGGUAUUCGUCCAAGUUUGUCAACGGACCUUUGCUAGGGGCGGUGCUUGGGUUCGUUGUCGGACUGGUUCCGUGGCUCCACAGGGUCUUCUUCAAUGAUACCCAGCAAGGCGGAUACUUGAACGCGUGGCUCACGUCCAGUCUGAAGAAUAUUGGCGAUCUGUUCGUUGUCUUGCAGGUGGUCGUCGUCGGAGUGCAGCUGGCCACCAGCCUGCGCAAGUUGAAGCAGGGCGAGGAAUCGGGGCCCGUGCCGUGGGUGCCGAUGGUCUUUAUCAUCGUUGCAAGGUAUUUGAUAUGGCCAGCGAUCGGGAUUGCAAUCAUCGGGGCCUUUGCAGCCAAAACCAAUGUCUUCGGAGACGACAAGAUGCUCUGGUUCACCAUGAUGGUGAUGCCAACUGGCCCGCCUGCCAUGAAGCUGCUGGCGUUGGCUGAUACAAGCGGCAUCGAUCAAACGGAAAUCAUGUCCAUUUCGAAGCUUUUGACGAUUGCACAUGUCGCCGCACCCCUGAGCUCUAUUGCCGUGGUUGGAGCCUUGAAGGCCGUAGAAAUGAUCGGGGGAAGUUCGUAG